UCUUCAUUUUGUCUCGUUCUUUUACAUUUCUUUUCUUCCGGUUAGCAGUCAUGCCCUUCCAAAGAUUUGUACAAACUGGUCGCAUAGCGAAAUGCUCGGCUGGUCCCUUGAAGGGACGUCUCGUCGCCAUCGUCGACGUGAUCGACCAAAACCGGGUUCUCGUUGAUGGCCCCUUGACCGGUGUUCCCCGCCAAGAAUACAGAUUGAACAACAUGCACUUGACCAAGUACCGCAUCAAGUUCCCCUAUACUGCCCCCACACGCAUUGUGCGCAAGACAUGGCAGGACAGUGACUUGAAGGCCCAAUGGAAAGUCAGUCCCUGGUCCUCCAAGGCUCAAAACAUUUGCAAGCGUUCCCAAUUGAACGAUUUCGAUCGUUUCAAAUUGCGUUAUGCCAAACGUCAACGCAACAAGUUGCUUACCAUUGCCUUCAACACUUUGAAGAAGCGCACCAAGGAUGAUGGCUCCGUGCGCAAACUGAAAAAGGACAAACGCGAACGCAUUCGUGAAUUGAAGGCUAAGGGCGUUAAGAAGGGCGCUGCCAAGAAGUAAAUUUGUUUGCCACAUUUACUUGACAUUUUCUAAAUAGUUGUUUAGCGAAGUUGUUUCUUUAAACAUUAAAGAAAGGAGAGAAUAAAAAUUUUAAAAAACAAACAAUAUUUUCUAAGAAAAUAA